ACCAUGGCCAUUUAUUUCCCACAUUUGUUGAUUUUCAUAACACUCUAACCCGCAUUUUCUAUAUAUUUUGUUCCUUCAUUCGUCCGUUGCGUUUUAACGAUGAACCCCCAUUUCCUGACACCAAAUCUCUAUCUACAUCUCUCUCAUCCGUCUCUCUUAGUCCCCAAAGGUUUUCUCGUGUUUGUUGAAGCCGACCCUUUAACGGCGUUGGCUCCAAACAUGAUUUCCUUUUCAGAUCUAGGGUUUUACCUUCAAACACGUUUUGUUGAAGGCGAUCCUCUAAUUUUCUCUUUGUUGCUCAACGUUCCAUUAUUGCGGCUGAGUGUUUCGCUUGUCGUUUCGUCAUUUCCUUCACUAAUAAGACAGACACUUCACACCGUUGUCUGCAAUUGGUUGCCGAUGGAGCUUGGUAGGGAGGACGUCGCCAUUCACGAGUAUACUCUUCUAAGAGGUACUAUUGUAAUGGCCGUUUAUAGGUAUUCUUUUGUUUAGUUUCAUAUAUUAUGAU